AUGAUGUUCCAGAGGGCCGUCGCGCCCGCGGAUUCUCAGGACAGCCAUAUGUCGCGGGAUGGCGCUGCUGUCGACACCGUGCCAGGCUCGAGGCCCUUGACUGACGGCUACUGCGGCGUGUGGCGCCCCUCUCUGACGGAUUCCAAGCUCAAAGGUCAGUCGCCCGGGCUGGCGCAGACUUACCAGCUGGAUCAGGGCCUGCUCUGCUAUGCGUCGAGCGCGAAGUCGGGCACGCUGCCGCGGCUCGGGCUCGCCUUCCAGGUGCGGGAGCUGCACUCCGUGGAUCCGACGACGGGGACGUGGCAGGGCGAGGUGCGGCUGCAUCUGUGCGUGGCCGGCAAGGAGACGCUCGGCCUGGACCUGCGUGAGGGUCUGCAGGGAGAGGACCUGGAUCGGCAGUGGGAGCGAGUUCAGCAGGCCUGGCCCGUGGUCGAGGAGUCUUGGAGCCAGUGGGGCCAGGCCAGCUCGGAGGACCCGAUGCAGUUCCUGGCCCAGGCCUUCGGGGUGCGCGUCUACAACGUGGUGAAGGGGGCUGCGCCAUCCGUGAGGGGGCCCUCCAGGAUGUCGGAGUUGGAUCUCUCCGAGGGCGUCAUCGGGGGUCGGUGGAGCAUUGAGGGCACCUUCUUUGUGCCAGUUGAGCUUUCGGGAUUUCCCUUCGAUACUCUGAGCUGGGACGUCAUCAUCAGCAUCAUCGGCUGGUCCCCUGGGAUCAUCGACAUGAUGUCUUCGUCGCUGAUAAACGUGGAGGAGUUCGACAUCUACGGUCUGCGAGGCCAGAGCCACCCCUCGAAGAAUUUCUGGGUCCCCUACGUGUGCGAGUCCAACGUGGUGCCCAACGACGCGCGCCUCGGCGAGAGCCUGGCGUACUGUCGCUUCCACAGCCGCCGCCGGCCUGCUCUUUCGGUGAUGACAAACAUCGUGCUCCCGAUGUGCCUCAUGGCGUUCCUGGGCGUGGUCGGGGUGAUGCAGGCCACGGGCUCGAUACAGAACUCCAACUCGGAGACAGACGGUGUUGCUCUUGAAGCAACACUUCUGCUCACGGUGACGGCCAUGAGGUUCAACUACGCAGACACAGUCCCGAAAAGCCAGUUGCGGCCCACGCUUCUUGACAAGUACAUCAUCUCGGUCAUGAUGCUGCUCGCCGUCACCACGGUGGGAAUUGUUCUUGUUCACGAGGACGACAUGGAGCUUCUGCAGGCACCGUGGCUCUACAUCGUCGUCGUGCUGACUCUGCACGCGUACUUCUGCUUCUGCGCGUGGCGUGAGCUUCGCAUCCCCCCCGAGCGGAAGGCCCAGGUGCUGAACAAGACGCCGCACGCCCCCCCCGAGGGCGGCUGCUCAGGCCAGGUGUUUACCUACGGCUUCGUGACCAAGGCAGAGGUGUCCGCCCUGCAGUGA